AUGGCGGCGGCCGCGCUGUGCCGGCGCUUCUCGGGGGUCUUGCGGUUGGCCGGAGCCACGACCUCCAGAUUAACCCGCCAUGUGCUGCAGAAGGAGACGGCGAAGGUGGAGCGGUGCCCUCCCUGUGCGUCGCUACAUGUCUCCUUGCCUCUGAAAGGGCUGGAGGAAUUUUUUGAUGAUCCCAAAAACAGGGGAGAGAUAGAAGUCAAGUCUGGAGAUUCCUGGACAGUAGAACAGCUCCGAGGCAAGAGCAGUGAGGAUUUGCAUAAACUCUGGUAUGUCCUCCUGAAAGAACGGAACAUGCUCCUGACCCUGCAGCAAGAAGCGAAGCGGCAGAGUCUCCCGAUGCCAAGCCCGGAACGGUUAGAAAAGGUGGAAACGUCUAUGGAGAGAAUGGACCAGGUCGUUCAGGAAAGGGAAGAUGCUUUGCGGCUCCUGCAGACGGGCCAGGAGAAAGAGUGGCCAGGCGACUGGAGGCACGACUUCCUGGGACGCAUCAUUUGGUACACUUUCCGGGAAUGGCCAAUACCCUGGCAUCUGAACGCAAAGCACAACCGGAAGCGAUUCUACUAUCUGAAAAACGUCGAGCGUUUUAACAGGCUCCGCCUUGAGAAAUAUUUGCGCGAGGAAAGCAAAAAGAAAAACAGGGAGAGAAACAGACAGAAGAAGCUACUGAAAAGAUUCCCUCACCUUGCCACGAAGUCUCAGAGUUAG